AUGAGGGAGGCCGGAAUUAUGUUGAUAAGCACCGUGCUAACGUGCGCUGUCAUUGGAAAUGCAUAUUAUCAGAGAAAACAAUUCUAUCCCACUGUGGUUCACAUAACCAAAUCCAACCCGAGUAUGACCGUGAUCUACGCGCAAGGAUUCAUUCUUGCUUUUAUGAUAAACGCCUUCCUGCGAAAGCUCUUUUUCGGCAACCUGCGCGCUGCCGAACUUGAACACCUGGUGGAAAAAGUGUGGUAUGCAGUGACAGAAACUUGUUUGGCAUUUACAGUAUUCAGAGAUGACUUCAGCCCAAAAUUUAUAGCAUUGUUUACUCUCCUGUUGUUUUUAAAGUCGUUUCAUUGGCUCGCAGAGGACCGUGUCGAUUACAUGGAAAGAAGCCCAGUGAUAACAUGGUUAUUCCAUCUUAGAGUGGGUACAUUACUAGGGCUUCUGUUCGCCAUUAAUUUAACAAUGAUACACUAUGCAUACAACACAACAGCUACUAAAGGCCCUUCUGUACAGCUGGUGUUUGGCUUUGAAUAUGCAAUUUUGUUGACUGUUGUUUUUAACACUGCUGUAAAGUAUAUAUUACACACCAUCGAUUUGCAAAGUGAAAACCCAUGGGACAACAAGCCAGUGUUCUUGUUGUACACAGAACUGAUUAUUGGAUUAUUAAAGGUCAUUUUGUAUGUCGCCUUUGUGACACUGAUGAUAAAACUAUUUACAUUACCUCUGUUUGCACUACGUCCUAUGUAUUAUACAAUGCGAGACUUCAAGAAAGCUUUCCAUGAUAUUGUGAUGUCUCGAAGGGCUAUUAGAAACAUGAAUACGCUUUAUCCAGACGCGACAACCGAGGAAUUAGCUGCUGCCGAUAAUGUUUGUAUUAUAUGCCGGGAGGAGAUGGUUUCAGCCAGUAAAAAGUUGCCAUGCAAUCACAUCUUUCAUACUGCUUGUUUACGUUCUUGGUUUCAACGUCAGCAGACAUGUCCGACGUGCCGUUUGAACAUUUUGAGACCAGGAGCAAAUAAUUCAACACCUAGACAGCACAAUCCUCCCCAACCUGGACCACAGGUGGCUCAGCCUCAACAGGCACCUGCUGGAGUUAACCCUCUUGGACCAGCACCUCCUUUCCAUUUCCCAGUAUUUUGGGCUGGAUUACCAGCACCAGGGGCACCACCUCAACAACAACAGCAGCAGCAGCAACAACAACAACAGCAGUCGCAGCAGCAACAGCAGCAGCAACCUCAAAAUAAUGGAACUGGAAAUACCCCACCACCUCAGAUCAUACCUCCCGGGAAUAUACCACUUCUUCCACCGCUGUUUCCUACGUUAGUACCUUUUCCGCCUAUUCCCGUACCGCCGCCGAAUUUAACUGAACUGAGCGAAGAGGAACUUCGAGCCAUGGAGGGUAAUUUGCGGCAGGCUGUUCAAGCGAGGAUACAAACGUUGCAAAGAAUCCAACUUCUGUUGGACGCUGCUAACGCGAUGAUGAAUCAAUAUCAGAGAGCGGCUGCUACGGCCAACAUUCCCAUGCACACUGCGAGCACCGCCGACGAUACGUCAGAAACAUCAAAUACAUCUGCGAUGACGAAAUCGCAGACAGGCAGUACGGUGGAGGCAAGCACUGACAUCAAUGCCGAAAGUCCACCGGCUCAAGCAGCUGACGUUCCUACUCCAAGCACGUCGAAGGAAGACGUUCCUUCCACUCCGAGCACGUCGAAAGAAAAUGCAUCAACGCUUAAUAGUACGUCAGAUUUAGGAUCUAGGACUGAGGCAAAAUCCUCGAGCGAACAAGAAAUGUUGCGCAAGCGCAGGCUACAAAAGUUCUCGAUUCAGCCAACGACGGAAUAAAUAAAGAUGAAAUUGUGUGAUAAACCAUGUAACAUAAUAGUCUUUAAUUUGCUUAGUGAUUGGCCUCAAUUACGCGAGCGACCGAUAUAAACAAUUGAGGAUUGUGACAACCGACGGGCGAAUCCUUUCAAACAAUAAUUCCAAGAUCGGUCGCACGGAUUGAGCGCGGAUAAACUUUACUUGUAAACGAUCCUCUAGCGACUGUUAAAUCCAAGAUGUAGCAACAACUGAGACUGAAAAAGCCCGAACUUUGAAACCACAAACUAAAGCUACGAUACUAACAAUCAUAAUCAAGGAAAGUGGAAGGAUGAUUUUAUAGGGAUGACACAAUUGAUGUCUUUCUUUUUGUAAAUUAUCACCGAAACGAAUAUGAAGUACGAGAAAUUGGUUUUUUUUGGUAUAUAAUAUAUAUUCUACUUUUAAGAUUUAUAUAUAAACAUGUUUACCUGUAUAUAUGAUUAGAUUUUCUUGCUUCUUUGCAUAUAGCCUUCGUAGUUGUGUAAAAUUAUUCCUUGUAAUUAUGAAAUUAAUUCGAUAUCCUUUGCAUAAAA